AUGGAGAUCGAUCCGCGCCUGCGCGACGGUCACUCUGAUGCGCCCGCCUUGUCGCAGUCGCAGUCGCAUUCUCAUCCCCAUUCCCAUGCCUAUGCUGCCGCUCCCUCCCCACCCACCAGGCAUGCCAACCUCAGCGCCUCCUCGUCCCGCACUACUAGCGAAUAUCCCGACCCGCCGUCCCACUUCUCCGGCGAACAUGUCCAUUCCGCCGCCGCCUCUGCGACUACCAAUGAUGUGAACUACUACGGCGCGUCGUCCGCCCACUCGUUGUAUCAGGGAGGUCCGUCGGGAGCGGAGCCGGUCGAUCCGAACGAUCCGUAUGCCGAUUUGAAGCGUCCGCGCGCCUGCGAGGCUUGUCGGCAGCUGAAGGUCCGGUGUGAGCCUGACGUGAAUAAUCCGAAUGGUUCGUGUAAGCGCUGCGCUAAGGCGAGACGGUCCUGUGUCGUCACGGUGCCGACCCGUAAGCGCCAGAAGAAAACGGAUAGUCGGGUCGCGGAGCUGGAGAGGAAGAUUGAUGCUUUGACCGCUAGUUUGCAGGCGUCGCAUGGGCAGGAUCCCUUGCAGCAACAGACGCCGGUGGCGCCGGUGGAGUUGCCGCGCGAGGAACAUGCGGGGAGGAGGUGGUUGGGUCCGACGACGCAGGUUGCUGGCUCGGCGACGGAAGAUCCGCAUAUGGUUUUGUCUGGGAUGAAACGGCAUUAUGGCGGAGAGAUCAAGGAUGCGCGGAACGAGUCGAUCCUCGGGCAUGGGCAUGCGAGUCCUGGCUCGGAUCAUGUAGACCGUGGGAGCCAAUGGCGAUCUCCUUCGAAACUGGCGCCUAGGCCAGAGACGAGCGACUUCGUGGACGUGAUCGACCGGGGCCUCGUGAGUGUGGAAGUCGCCUCGGAAGCGUUCAAUCGAUAUGUCAACCAAAUGGCCAACAGCAUCCCGAUGGUCGUCUUCCCCUUGGGCACCACGAUGACCGACGUCCGCCGGUCCAAACCCCUCCUUCUCCACGCCAUAAUUGCCGCCGCCAUCGGUCCCAUCCAGCCCGAUCUGCACCUCCCCCUAGUCAACGACUUCUACAAAGUCAUCGCAGACCGCAUCAUCGUGCGCGGCGAGAAGUCUCUCGAAAUCAUGCAGGGUCUGCUCGUCACUUGCAAUUGGUACGCUCCGCCGGAUAACUUUGAAGAGUUGAAAUUCUACCAGCUCAGCCAUCUGGCCCUGACGGUGGGCAUUGAUAUCGGCAUGUAUCGGAAGGUUGGGGCGAGGAAUAAACAUUUCAGUCUGGUUAAGGAUCUGAUGCAGAAGAAGACGCCGGGUCAGGAUCCGGAUUCGCCUGAGGCGAGACGUGCUUGGUUGGGUUGUUAUUUUGUUGCUGUGCAGGUGUCUACUUCCUUGCGACGGCCCAUUCUAGUCCGUUGGAGCUCGUACAUGGAUGAAUGUGUGGAGGUUCUCGAGAGAUCGCCCGACGCCCUUCCCACGGAUAAAGUGAUGGUCCACUGGGCUAAACUGGCACAUAUCAUCGAGGAGAUUAAUAUGCAGUUUGUGGGCGAUGAAACCACUGCUAAUAUUGCCUUUGCCGACCCGAAGUUUCAGUAUACGCUCAAGGUUUUCGAAAAGCAGCUGGAGCAGUGGCGGAGGGAGGCGCGGCCUUAUGAUUCUCCCAUGCUCAAACAAGCCGAAUGUAUUGUCGAUCUGUACAUGCAUGAAGGGGCCAUGCACAUGGAAGUGAACGAUGAGCCGAAGACGGAAGACUAUUCGAGUCCCACCAGUGCAGCUCACAUGAACGCGCUGAGUAUCUGUCUCACGGCUAUUCAUCAGGCAUUGGACACGAUUUGUGCCAUCGACGGGAAGGAUCUCAUCGCCUUACCUGUGGUUGCUCUGGCUCGCACGUCUUUCGCCGUCGUGGCUCUCAUCAAGUUAUUUUCGUUGGUGUCUGCUCCAGAAACACGCAUCGGACAGGUCAUCGACCCGUCUAGUCUCCGGGUGGAAUAUUACAUCGACAAAGUGAUCCAACACUACCACCAUGCCGGCGAGCUUCCCGGGGGCCGCACCCCGAAUAAAUUCUGCGUGGUGCUCCGCAUGCUUCGCAGCUGGUUUGCGAAGCGAAAGGACCAAAUCCCUGCUCUUCAGGAAGGGUUGGGCGGGAAGCGCAGCGUUGUGUUAUCGCAAGACGGGCCAGAUGAACAGAACCAAUCUAAACCCGGCACUACUCCCCUCCAUCUCCUCAGCGAAGUCGCCAUGGGCGAACCGAAAAAUCACGCUCAUCUCGCCUACGGCAGAGGCCAAACCCCAUAUACCCCUCAAACAUCUGAUUCCCUUACCCAGUCUCAAUCAUCCACCCUCCUCCCUCAAUCUCUCGACCCCUCCACCACUACAACCACCUCCUCCUCUGAACCCUGGACCCAAUACCCCUCCACCACACCAAGACAAUACUACAAUAACCCCCAUUUCACAUCUCCCUACCAAGACCUCCCCCCUUCUUCAUCAUCCUAUCCAGACCCUAACACCCACAACCCUAACAAUCCUAAUAAUAACCUCGACCUCUCCGGCACCGGUCCCUCAACAACAACACCCACACCAGGCUUCUUUCUUCCUGAACUUGGCCUGCAAGUUGGAGGUGAUCCGGAUAAUCUGUUCGCGUUGGAGGGUAUGUUCGGGUAUGGGGUGUUCAAUUUUCCGGCUGAUUUUAACGGCACGGGAGGGGAGGGGAUGGGGUUUUAUUGA